AUGGCUUUGGAACGAAAUCGUCUCCGACUGCUCUGCAUGAUGUCCAUGACUUUUGCGUUUUUCAUUGUUGAGGUUGUUGUCAGCCGUAUGACUGCUUCCCUGUCAAUGCUGUCAGACUCUUUCCAUAUGCUGUCGGAUGUCAUAGCCCUGGUUGUGGCCCUGAUUGCUGUGCACUUCUCUGAGAAAACUCAAGCAACGAGUAAAAAUACUUUCGGUUGGAUCAGAGCAGAAGUGAUGGGUGCUCUGGUCAACGCCGUGUUCCUGACUGCCCUGUGCUUUACCAUCAUUCUUCAGGCAGUCGAGCGGUUCACAGUGCCUCACGAGAUUGAGAGUCCCCGAGUGGUUAUUGGAGUUGGAGCUGCGGGACUUCUUGUAAACUUGCUAGGUCUUUUGUUGUUCCACGGACACGCAGGACACGGUCACUCGCAUGGUGGCUGUCAUGGAAUUAACAAACUUCACAAAUCCGAGGGAGUAGGGAGAGAAUCCAUUGAAGAUGAGACCAGUAGGUCUAUCCUGUUUGAUUGCAGUCUGAAGACAGGGGAUCUCAGAGCAGGUCCAGGAGGAGAUCAAGGUAUGUCUGUUGUAUUUACCUUUCCUUCUGUGGUAGUCUGAUAAUUAUAGGGUAUAUGAGUAAUGUUCUUUGUGAUCAUCAAUUAACACAAAGUUUAGUGUAGGGAAAUGAAUAUACCAUUGUUUAAAGUGAUACUUCAGGAUUUUGGCAGUGAAGCCAUUUAUCUACUUGCCCAGAGUCAGAUGAACUCGUGGAUGGCAUUUUUAUGUCUCUGCAUGCAAUUUGAAGGAAGUUGCAAACUAGCGUUAGCGCAAUGACUGGAAGUCUAUGGUAACUGCUAGCAUGCUAGUUGAAAACCCAACAAGGAGGUAACAAUCCUGCAAAUUAAUUGUUAUUACAUUUUUAGUAGACACGCUUAUCCAGAGCGACUUACAGGAACAAUUAGGGUUAAGCACCUUGCUCACGGGCACAUUGACAGAUUUUUCACCAGCUCAGGUUUUCAAACCAGCAACCUUUCGGUUACCGGCCUAACACUCUUAACCGCUAGGCUACCUGCUGGUCUAAUCUGCUGCCCUAAUCUGUUCGUAGAUGAGCACAGGGUAGCCUAAUAGUUAGAGGGGAAAUGAGGGUAGGUCUAUAUAAAUGUGAAAAUAUAAAAGGGUCUUUGUAUAAAGGCCUAUAUUAUUCAUCAUUCAGGAUUCUUAUGCUUAGCCUGGGUACCAGUCUAUUUGUGUUAACAUUCCACUCCUUGUAACCCGUGUCAUAUGUUUGGCAUAUGCCAUGCCAAACAUAUGACACGGGUUACAAGGAGUGGAAUGUUAUCACAAAUCAGGUAUUUUAUGUUCCAUACUCCACAGAAAUCCCCAAUAAGGACAACCUUGAGGUCCACAUGAAGGACAUCUCCCUGGAGGAGUUGAACGAGAGCCAUCAUGACUCUGCUUCACAGCUCAACAUGCAGGGUGUCUUCCUCCAUGUGCUGGGUGAUGCCCUCGGCUCUGUCAUCGUUGUGGUCAACGCUCUCACCUUCACCUACGUGUGGCAGCCUUGUCAUGCUGGAGAGACCUGUGUCAACCCAUGCUACAACAGCCACGACUACACUGACCACCACCAACAACAUGUCAAUGCUACACUGGUCACCAUGCUUGGUAGUAGUACCCAGACUACAGUGCACCUCACUGGGCCUUGCUGGGUGCUCUACCUCGACCCCACACUCUGCAUCAUCAUGGUGGGCUUCUUACUCUAUACCACCUUCCCUCUCCUGAAGGAGUCAGCCCUCAUCCUCCUACAGACUGUUCCUAAACAGAUAGACAUGCACCGGCUGCUGGCUAGGCUCAGGGGUCUGGAUGGUGUGUUGUCUGUCCAUGACCUACACAUCUGGCAGCUGGCAGGGAGCAGGAUCAUUGCCACAGCACACAUCAAAUGCCUAGACCCUGCUAACUACAUGGAUGUGGCCAAGCGAAUCAAAGGCCUCUUUCAUGAUGAGGGUAUCCAUGCCACGACGGUUCAACCAGAGUUUGUUACUGUUAACUUUGAAUCUAAUAUUUACGCCUGUGAGCUGUCCUGUCGGACGCAGUGUGCCCCGAAGCUGUGCUGUGGAAGCUUUGACAGAACAGCACUAGGAGGACCUGUUGGAGAAGAGGUUGUUUCUUCUCAGUCAACCUCAAUACAACAGUCACCCUCUGCAGCUACCAUCAAGCUAACUGCCACGUAG